AUGGUCGAAUUCAACGCCUACUAUCUGCUGACUAUUGUUGUUAUCGCGUGCGGGUCUAUCCCCAAGGGCUACGAUGAGGGUGGCUUCAGUGCGUCCACAGGCCUGACCUCCUUCAAGGAGGACUUCGGCCUCGUGUCGAGUCUGUGGAAGGGUAACGAGUCUGGCCUCGCCGACCGCAAGGCCAACAUCUCGUCGUUUGGCGUCCUCGGCGCUGCCUUUGGCUCCAUCAUCGCCCUCGCCCUCAACGACAGGCUCGGCCGCCUGCGCUCAUGGCAGGUCUUCAUCGCCGUGUGGAUGACGGGCGUCCUGAUGCAGGUCUUCUCCUCCGGCAUCCUCGGCCUCAUGCUCUUCGCCCGUAUCUGGGGCGGCCUCGGCGCCGGCGGUCUCACCGUCGUCGCGCCGCUCUACCUGUCAGAGAUCGCGCCGGCCAAGUCGCGCGGCAUGGUCGUUAGCAUCUACAUGGUCGUUCUGCUAUCGUUCCUGACUAUUGGUUUCUUCAUCAACUACGCCGCCAACGCGACGCUAGCGGCCACUAGGAUGCAGUACCGCCUCGUCAUCGCGAUCCCCCUCAUCCCCGUCGGCCUGGCCUUCGCCGCCUCCUUCUUCCUCGCCGACACCCCGCGCUGGCUCGCCUCCCGGGACCGCGGCGAAGAGGCCCUCGCCGUGCUCGCCAAGCUCCGCCACUCGGACCGCUCCGACCCGGCCCUGUCCCUCGAGUUCGACGAGAUCCACGAGCAGCUCCGCUCCCGCCAGCAGAUCCUCGCCGACACCUCCACCCUCGCCCUCGUCAAGGAGAUCGCCACCGUACCCACCUACCGCACCCGCUUCCUCCUCGGCGCCGUCAUGCAGACCGUCGCCCAGUGGUCCGGCGGCAACGGCAUCACCUACUACAUCCCCGAGAUCUUCCGCUACGCCGGCGUCGUCGGCGACAACACCUCCCUCAUCACCAGUGGCGCCUACGGCGCCGUCAAGCUCGUCUUCACCAUGGUCUUCACCUGGGGCCUCGUCGACGUCUUCGGCCGCCGCCGCUGCUUCAUCACCGGCCUCGCCCUGCAGUGCGUCACCCACGUCUACAUGGCCGUCUACAUGGGCAUCUGGAUCGACGGCACCAACAAGCCCGCCUCCGACGCCGCCAUCGCCUCCGUGUUCGUGUACGCCGUCGGCUGGUCCAUCGGCCUGUGCACCGUGCAGUACCUCUACGGCACCGAGAUCUACCCCACCCGCAUCCGCAGCGUGUGCUACGCGACCAACAUGUCGCUGCACUGGUUCUUCCAGUUCGCCGUCGUGCGGACCACGCCCAACAUGUUCGUCAGUCUCGACGUGUGGGGCGCCUACGUCUUCUGGGCGUGCGUGUGCGCCGUCGGGCUGGUCGUGCUGGGGCUGUGGGCGCCCGAGACGAAGGGCAUCCCGAUGGAGCGCAUGGAGGAGCUGUUCAGCGGGCCGUGGUGGAUGGGCUGGCGGGCGAGCAUCGACCUGGAGGGGAGCGAGAUGAAGCCGUUUGGGAGGGGCAGUUCGUCCGGGAAGGACUCGUCUGGGAGGGAAUCGGAAAAGGGGCCGUUUGCGCAUGAGCGGAAGACGGAUGUCUGA